AAAAAAAAAAAAAAAAAGAAAUCGGUGGAAAGAUUGAAGACGACGGGCCGACAAAAAUAUCUUUUGGAUGAUAGAAGUGUAUUGGAAUAUUCAAACUCUUCUCAAAGAAAUUACUAGCCUAGAUUUGUAGGGAGAAAGGAGAAGCCGUGAUUCUACAAAAAUGUCGGCUACUUGUGGUUUUCGUGGCGGGCCGGUGGUCUUCAACCCUCUGAAAUUCGGGAAGAAAGCGGCGUCGAUGGCGCCGAAAAGGAUCAGCGUGAGAGCUUCCAAGCUGGAUUCUUCGUUCGAGAGCCCUAAUUUGGUGGAACGCAUGGAACGCGCCUGGUUGAUUUCUGAGCAACCAAUGCCAGUUGGUUGUGCUUCAUGUGAUUCAAAGGGACAUGUUGAUUGCAAAUGGUGCAGUGGCACUGGCUUCUUCAUUCUUGGUGAAACAAUGCUGUGCCAGGUCCCUUCCAGGAGCACUGCCUGUGUAAUCUGUGCAGGAAAGGGCUGUGGAUGUUGUCCCGAUUGCAAAGGGUCCGGUUAUCGCGCAAAGUGGCUGGGACAGCCACCCGUUGCCAAGAAGUAGAAUGGCUGUGUUUGUAUUCAAUCUGUAAUGGCUACAACACGCGCCAAAAACAUAAAAGGAUGUCCCCCAGGUCAUGUAACUCAAUAAUUGUUUUUGAUGGUUCAUUCAUUUAGUAGGUAUCUAAUUGUAAUGGUCUGUUGGAAUUCAGAAAACCAUACCCUUAUAAAAUUCAUAACUAUAUAGAGUUUCUGAGGAAAUGAUGAUUGUUUGGUGAUCUUUCAGAUUCAGCAGUUAGUUGCUUUGAACAAUUGCUGAGAAUAGCAACUUGUUGAUGUCGUUGGAGCCUGGUUCUGCGUCGUCCUCCUCUGUGUAGUUGAAAAUUACUUUAUCAGUUCAAAAUUUUUGUAUAUGAUCCAACCAUAUAUAUCAUCAUCACAGUGCAACAAAAUGUAAAAUGAAUUACCAUGAGAAGUGGUUGAAGAACAAUGCUUAGUUGAGUUAUUCCUUUGCUUAGGUUAAACCUCAACAACAUAUUUGUCUA